AUGCCUUCCCCCUCAAACCGCGCCGCAUGGCAACAACAAUGCCACACCCCCCUCCAAAUCAAACAAACCCCCUACCCAGAGGCAUCAACUCUCCUCCCAACCCACCUCGUCAUAAAAGUUCACGCAUGGGCCAUCAAUCCCGCAGACAUCAUCCUCCAAGAUACCGAGAUGGCUUUCGUCAAGUACCCUGUUAUCCUAGGUGAAGAUAUUGCCGGCACGAUCGUCGAAGAAGGAAGUAGCGUUACCCGCUUCACAAUUGGAGAUAGGGUUAUUGCUUUUGCGUUGGGUGCUAGUGGGGGACCUGCUAUGGGUGGAUUUCAGGAAUAUGUUGUUGUUGAUGAGAGUCUUGUUGCGAGGAUUCCGGGGUGGAUGGCUUUUGAAGAGGGGGUUGUUUUGCCGCUGGGCUUGACUACAGCGGCGCAUGCGCUUUCUCAAAAGGAGUAUUUAGGUUUACCGGUUCCGGGAUCUGGAACUGCGAAGAGUCAAGCUGAGCUUCAAACUGGAGCUGAAGCCGGUGUGAAGGGGAAGGGAAAGAAAUCCGUGCUUAUUUGGGGAGCUAGUUCUUCCGUUGGAAGUAACGCUGUCCAAUUAGCUGUUGCAUCAGGCGUGGAAGUUCUCGCCACAGCUUCAAAGAGUAACUUUGAAACUGUCAAGAAGCUCGGUGCAAGUCUUGUCUUCGAUUAUAACGACACUGAUAUCGUUGAGCAGGUUGUGAAAGAGUUAGAUAUCAGAAGUGAUGGUUGUGUGGGUAUCUUUCAGGCUGCUGGGUAUGCGGCUGCUUUGGAGCCGGUUUUGGACAUUGCGAAAAAGAUUGCAUCUGAUGUUUUUGUGGCUACGACUGUGCAUUUGGCUGAGGGUGUGGUUCCGGAGGGUGUUAGGGCUAAGAUGGUUUUUGGGUCUGGGCAUGAUAAUGUUUUGGGGGUUUGGAGUGAGUUUUUGCCUGAUGCUUUGGAGGAGAAGAGGUAUCUAGCUGCGCCGGAGGCUUUUGUUUUGGAGACGAGAGGACUUGAGGGGAUUCAGGAGGGCUAUGAUGUUUUGAAAAAGGGGGUUUCGGCGAGGAAGAUUGUUGUUCUUGCGGAGUAG